CAUCAAGCAGCAUAAAACAGGGGAGGAGACACAAUCACAAAACCACAACAAAACAAAGGGAGUCGAAAACCCAAUCCAAAACAGUAACAAACACCACCUAUCUGACUAUCUACCACCACAAACGCUCAAGUCCACCGCCGUUCCUGCUGCCGCCGGUGACCGACCCCACUCGCCGCUGAUGGGUGCUCCAGAGCCACCUGUGGGAGAGGGAGUGGGGAACGAGGAAGCGAGAGAAAACAGAGAAGAGAAGAAAUUAGAAGAUGCAGAGGGAGGAGAAGAAGAGAGGGAUAUGGAGAAAGGGGAAGUGGGCGUUCGAGCAAAAAUGGUACCGAGCAAUCCCCUGCAGCCUUCAAUGCUCCAGAGGUUGAACCCAACAAAUCCUCUGAGGAUUUUCAUCAAUGCUGCCUCCCCAAGAGCUCCAACUCCUUCCCGUUCUGUCCCUCGCUCCACACCAACCCCACAACAAUCACUAACAACACUAAACUCAAGAGCUUACACGAACAGAAUAUCUCUGUUUCUAUUUGUAUUUCACAUGGUGCUUGCUAUUGGGCUAGUUUGCUUUCUUUUGUUCAAGGGAAUUCAGGGUCUACUGCAAGCAGGGCCAACUAGAAGAAAAGAGAAAAGGGUAUUAGAAUAUUUUCUGCCCCAAGUUGAGGUUGCUUCUUUUCUGAGCAUUACUCUUGCCUUUUCAUGGCAAAAGGCAGUCAGGGAAUGGCCUAAGUUCAUGGUCUAUUUCAUUCUAUGGAGCACUUUCAUCAUCUCCCUAGCUGCAGGCAUCCUCCUAAUUUGCUUCCAGAAACCGUCCACCGAUUGCGUCGGAGUCGUCUUCAUCGGCUUCGCCAUCGGGAACGGCCUUUAUGCCUGUUGGGUCACUCAGAGAAUCAAGUUUUGCACAAAGGUUUUGUUGAAAUCGCUGGAACCCGUAUCGAAAUUUCCCGACUUGAAUCAGCCCACAUACUGGAUGCUUGGGGUGGGAUUCAUGUGGAUGUCUCUGUGGAUUUUAGCUGUGAUUGGAGCCCUAAAUUUCUAUUUACCCCCACUGAUCAUAAUUGGAUUGGUUCUGAGCUUGGCUUGGACAGCAGAAGUGAUGAGAAAUGUUGCUAACUUAACUGUUAGUCGGGUAAUAGCUCUGUAUUAUCUCAGGGGAAUGCAGGCUAAUACUCAGUUUUGCUUCCAAAGAGCGUUGUCUCGGAAUCUCGGGAGCGCCUGCCUCGGGUCGCUCUAUGUGCCUGGAAUCGAAGCCCUGAGGAUCGUCGCCCGGGCUUUGAAUUUGCUCGAGGGAGAAGAUGAGUUCAUGUUUUCUUGUGCACAUUGCUGCCUCAGAGUCAUGGAAACCAUCUUCAAAUUUGGUUAUGGCUGGGCUUUUGUGCAGGUUGCUGCUUAUGGAAAAAAUUUUGUGAAGGCAUCCCAGGACACUUGGGAGCUAUUCCAGAAGCAAGAAAUGGAAUCCAUGGUCGACUCGGACAUGACCAGCGCUGUCUGUUUCCUCUCUGGCGUCUGCAGCGGCUCGAUCUGCGUCAUUGUAGUAGCUUCUUGGACUGCCUCGGUGCACCGGAGCUACAUCGCCACCCUCUCCCUGCUUUCAUUCUUCGUUGGAUACCUCAUGACCAGGAUUGCCAUGGCACUGCCUCAUGCCUGUGUGAGUUGUUACUAUGUCUGCUAUGCUGAGAACCCCAACAACAGGCUAUUUGAGAAUGACAAAACCAUCCCGGAUCGCCUCGGCGUGAUAAAGUCCGGUCAAGAUGCUGUUGUUCCUACUCCCCGAGUCCCCCAUCGGUUUCGAUGAUGACUCAUCGGGUCAAUGGCACAAUGAUUCAUUCAUUUUAUGUACAAAUAUUUAGUCCAACGUCCUGAUCUUGAAGUAGAAGAUUUUUUUUGCCCUAGGCGUAUCAAAAGUAGCCAGUCGAGGAAGAGGAACCAAAGGCUUUAACAGAGCAAGUGGGCAUAAAAACAAGCUCAUCCAGUGGAGGUGGGGAUGAGAAUGAUGAUGAUUUUGAAUGAGAAAGCUCAACCAUUUUUGAGAUGGGGAGAAAUGGGGAUUGCCCACUGAUGAGAUUCCAACCAACAAAGCUACAAAAUACAAGAAAGUCUUUGUCCUGUUCUGUGUAUAAUAUUCCACAGCAAUGCUUUUGGGAUGUUCUAGUCCAAUAAGUCCCAAAUUAUUUUCAUUGAAUAUUAAAUGGUUGUUUGGGUAAAACCCACCAAUAUUUAAUUUCAUCUCUUCCUCGUUGUAAUCUUGUUUGGGAAUCUGCAGUAGAGAUAUUCUUCCUCCUCUCUGUCAAAACAUUAUGAGUGUUUAAAUAUUGAUUCCCUUGGCCUGUCAA